CAAUCUCUUCUCUUUCUCUCUCUCUCUCUCUCUCUCUCUCUCUCUCUCUCGUAUAUUAAUGUGAUUCCUCUUUCUUUGCUCUACGGAUCUCAGCGUCCUUUUCUUCCUCCUUUUUCCUUUAACGCCUCGCCCGCGUUGCUCUCCCUCGCUCGCUUUUUCACGAGCAACACCUGAAUCCGAGGAGUAAAGAGGAGCGAGUAGUGAAAUUCCGAGAAAAAGCUACGGGUUUUGCCGAUUUUCGUGCAGCAUUUUAGGGUUCCCCGGCGCCUUUUACGAGGAGGGUCGGGUUUCGACGUUUCGUUGUGCUUGUUGAGUAUUUGAGGGGGAUUUGUGGUUUUGUUUGGUCGAAGAGGGAGUUGUUUCGUAUAAUGGUUUAUUUGUGUGAGGAUUUCUCCUCAAUUUGAAAAAAAAAUCGGAUUUUUUGGUGGUUUAUGUUGUUUUUCUGAUAUAGUCCCUCGAAUAAACUAGGAAAAAAUGGGCAUUUAGGCACCUGGUGAUCUUUGUUUGAUUAGGGAGGAGAACUGGGAACUAGAUUCUGUUGGGUUUGUUGAUUUGUGCAGGGAUUUCUUUUCAAUUAAAAAAACUGAUCUUUUAGAUUUUCCGAUGAAGUUUCCUCAAAUAAACGAGGAAAAACGGGAUUUUUAACCACUUGAUAAUCCCUGUUUACCUGGUGAGGAGGAUUAGCGAUUAAAUUUUGAUGGGAUUGUUGAUUUCUCCUGCAAAGAUAAUGUAGGAAUAUGUCUUCUGAGAGAUAUAAGGAUUCUAUUGAUGCAAUUAGAAGAAUCAUUCAUGGCAGAUAUUGGAUUGUUGAAACAAGGGUGGAAGUGGUUGCAAUCUCGGAAACAGGCGUGGGUAUGUGCCCAAAUCGCGGCGAGCCGUGAAAGGGACAAGCUUGUGUUCUUGAUCGACCGCCAUUGGCCAAUGGUUCACAGGGGAUUCGUUAGUGUUGGGAGGCUUCUUCUGAUGCUGAUGAUUGAGUGGAGGAAUUGUGCUGUUAGAGGAUUCUGGUCCUUGAUCAGUUCAGGUUCUGCGGCCCUGCUUGUUGUGUUGUGGAGUUGCUUCCUUUGCUGGACUUCGCUUUCGUGCCUCAUAUAUGCGCUUUUUAGUCUGGGAGUUGCAGGUGCCAGUAUUUGUUACUUGGGUUAUAUCACUGGUCUUUUUAUAGUAGGGGUUCUUGGGAUUUUGAUUAUGUGGAUGUUUGGCGGAUUCUGGAUGGCAGGAGUCGUGCUCUUAGGCGGAGGUUAUAUGUUUUCCUUCAAUCAUGCACGGUUCCUGAUACUCAUGUCAGCUGCCUAUGCUGUUUACUGCAUCAGCGCUCGGGUCGGAUGGUUUGGAGUUUUUCUCAUGCUGAAUACCUCUUUCUUUUCAAAUGAUCUCCUAAAUAAGUUGCUUCAAGGGUAUGAUGGCACCGCAAAAGGUUCACGCUCUGAAUGCAAAAAGGCACGUUUUCAAUACGAAAAGGCAUCAGAACCAGUUACGGAAGAAUCUUCGAGUAGUUCUGAGUAUUCGCCUCCAACUAGUGAAUCGGAGAAUGUGGCUGCAUUUAAAUCGUCUUGUACAAUGCCCAUGUCAAACAUAUUUGAUACCACUGAGGAUGUUUCCCCUGGCAAAGUUGGUAAAGAUGACUCAACUGCAUUGGAUGAGAUGAAGAGGAUAAUGGAUGCAUCGAAUCAUUAUGAAAUUCUAGGCUUUCUCCCAAAAGAGUUCAUCGAUCCAAGGAUAUUGAGGAAAGAAUACCACAGAAAGGUUCUUUUUGUGCAUCCCGACAAAAAUAAUGGAAAUCCUUUGGCUUGUGAGUCAUUCAAAAAGCUUCAGUGUGCUUAUGAGAUUCUUUCAGAUGUAACAAAGAAGAAUAGUUACGAUGAACAGUUGAUGAGGGAGGAGGAAUCCAGGAGAGUGUCUCAGAAUUCUCAAGGCACCACUCGACAGGAUGACUUAGAGUUUCUCUCAGAAGAAUCCAGGCAGAUAAAGUGCACAAAAUGUGGCCAUUUUCAUGUAUGGAUAUGCACUACUAGAAUUAAAGCCAGCGCAAGGUGGUGUCAGGAUUGUUUGCAGUACCAUCAAGCCAAGGAUGGAGAUGGAUGGGUAGAAAUUGGGUGUUCGCCACUCUUCUCAACUUCUCAGAAGGUGGACAUACCCCGCGCUUUUGCGUGUGCGGAAAGUAAAAUAUUUGAUGUGUCUGAAUGGGCAAGUUGUCAGGGUAUGGAGUGCAAACCUAAUACUCACCGCCCUACCUUUAUGGUCAACAUGGUUAAUUUGGAUGAGUCAACGCAGAGAUCUAAUGCUUCAGAGUACCCUUGGGGCUUGGAUGCAGAGAUGAUCCCCGAAGAAGAUGACUUUGAUUUGUUUCAGCAGGCAUUGGAGGCCAGCCUUUUCCCCAAGUCGCCAAAGCGUAGGAAAAGCUGGUGCCCUUUUAAGAUACACCACAAAAGUACGAAGAAUUCGAGGAAAUCCCCAUAAUCAAAUUACCGAGACUAUAUUUGCAGGCUUUUUUCGAAUUCGAGGCCUUUGGUGAUCAUUAACAAACAAAUUGGAUUGCACACCUGUAUAUAGAUGGUCCUUGGUAGAGAACAGAAAUUUUUUUCUUUUUUUCUGCUAAUGCGAGUUUACGAACCACAAAAGAAAAAAAAGAAAAAAGGCAUGGUGGGUACGGAAAAGAGCAUGGUAUUACAUACUGAUCUUAAGAUUCCGAGUGUUGUUACAACCCUGGAGCUUAUCCUUUAAAGUUCAUUCGGAGGACAACAAGAGGUUAUGCGAACAUCGACAGGUCUCUCGGAGGAUAUAAGCUUGGUAGCAGUGUCUUUUGCUUACUCAGAUGUUUGAGAGAGAAAAAUAGGGAGAAAAGCGAAAGUAGGAAUCUGAAUAUGACUGUGUAAAUAGAACAAGAGUAAUCUGUUGAACUUGAGUGUGCUGUGUUGUAACACAUUAUGUUGUACACUAGAGAGAUCAGCUGGUAGAGGAAGUAGUUAAUCCAGGCCUAUUAUGCUAAAAUCUUCUUGUAAACUUCUGUAUAGUAUACCGGCGAACCGGAUUCGAUGUUUGAUUUCUUGAUGUUAUCUCAGCAUCUGCUGCGUAA